AUGUUUAGAAACGCCCUACGGCAAUCUAGCCGCACGGUUACGGCCGUCUCGGCUACGGGUAGGAUCGCAGCGGCUGAUUCUCCCGCGCAACAGAUCCGAACCUUUGCCCCAGCACCUCUGGUGUCAGCCUCGAAACAAACCCGAUCAUAUGCCGCUGAAGCCAAGGCUGCUCCUACUGAAGUGUCCUCUAUCCUUGAGCAAAGGAUUCGAGGUGUUCAGGAAGAGGCAGGUCUUGCGGAAACCGGCAGAGUCCUCUCUGUUGGUGAUGGUAUUGCUCGUGUCCAUGGAAUGACCAAUGUCCAGGCAGAGGAGCUUGUUGAAUUUGCCUCGGGUGUGAAAGGAAUGUGUAUGAAUUUGGAGGCUGGUCAAGUUGGUGUUGUGCUGUUUGGUUCUGAUCGUCUGGUCAAAGAAGGUGAGACAGUUAAAAGAACUGGCGAGAUUGUUGAUGUUCCUGUUGGACCUGAAAUCUUGGGUCGUGUUGUUGAUGCUCUGGGCAACCCAAUUGACGGAAAGGGUCCUAUCAAGACCUCUGAAAAACGCCGCGCUCAGCUCAAGGCGCCUGGUAUUCUGCCACGUAAAUCUGUCAACCAACCUGUGCAGACUGGUCUUAAGAGUGUUGACUCCAUGGUUCCCAUUGGCCGUGGUCAGCGUGAAUUGAUCAUUGGCGAUCGCCAAACCGGAAAGACUGCUGUGGCCUUGGAUGCUAUGUUGAACCAGAAGCGAUGGAACAGCAGCGCCGACGAGGCUAAAAAACUAUACUGUGUUUAUGUUGCGGUUGGCCAAAAGCGUUCAACUGUUGCCCAGCUUGUUAAGACCCUGGAGGAAAAUGAUGCCAUGAAAUAUUCAAUUGUUGUUGCCGCCACCGCAUCCGAGGCUGCCCCUCUUCAGUACAUUGCACCCUUCACUGGAUGUGCCAUGGGAGAAUGGUUCCGUGAUAAUGGAAGACAUGCACUCAUUAUCUACGAUGAUUUGUCGAAGCAAGCUGUCGCGUAUCGUCAAAUGUCUCUUUUGCUUCGUCGCCCUCCGGGUCGUGAAGCCUAUCCUGGCGACGUUUUCUAUCUUCACUCUCGCUUGCUUGAACGUGCCGCGAAACUCAACGACAAGCACGGCGGUGGAUCCCUUACUGCCCUUCCAAUCAUCGAAACCCAAGGCGGUGACGUGUCAGCUUAUAUCCCGACUAACGUCAUUUCCAUUACGGAUGGCCAGAUCUUUUUGGAAUCCGAAUUGUUUUACAAAGGAAUUCGUCCCGCUAUCAAUGUCGGGCUGUCUGUCUCACGUGUCGGUUCGUCAGCUCAACUGAAGGCUAUGAAGCAAGUUGCAGGGUCUUUGAAACUUUUCUUAGCCCAGUAUCGCGAAGUUGCUGCUUUUGCGCAAUUCGGUUCCGAUUUAGAUGCCUCGACCAAACAAACCCUCAAUCGUGGUGAGCGCUUAACCGAAUUACUGAAACAGAAGCAAUAUUCCCCCAUGGCCGUCAACGAAAUGGUUCCACUGAUUUAUGCUGGUGUUAAUGGUCAUCUUGACUCCAUCCCUGUGAAGAAAAUUCUUCAGUGGGAAGCUGAUUUCUUGGCCCAUUUGAAAGCAAAUGAGGCCGAUGUGCUCGAAAAGAUUGAGAAAGAAGGGCAACUCAGCAAGGACUUGGAGGCUCAGCUAAAGGAUGUUAUUCUUGCGUUUAAUAAGAGCUUCUCAUAG